AUGACAAAAGAAGAUUUACAGUGUUUCAAAGACUUGGGCAUCACCAACCCGAUUUACGACAAGAAACGCAUAGAGAGCACAAAAGGCGGCCUGCUGGAGCAAUCUUACCGCUGGAUCUUGGACAAUCCGGAUUUCCAACAGUGGCGCGACAAUGAAGAGAGACGGCUGCUGUGGAUUAGAGGAGAUCCGGGCAAGGGCAAAACCAUGCUUCUCUGCGGGAUUGCUAAUGAGCUGCGCAGGAUAGCAGCCUCUUCUGACCUUGUUUCUUAUUUCUUCUGCCAAGCGACCGAUCAACGCAUUAACAGUGCCAAUGCCGUCCUAUGGGGUCUAAUGUUUAUGCUUGUCGACCAGCAACCAGCGCUCAUGCAUCAUAUACGCAGCAAAUACGAUGCAUCUGGUAAAGAUCUUUUUCUAGGAGGAAAUUCGUGGUUUGCUCUUUCGGGGAUAUUUUUAGAUAUGCUGAAGGAUCCGGCUCUGACGAACACCUAUCUGCUCAUUGACGCCCUUGACGAGUGUGUUUCUGAUCGGGAACAGCUAUUAGACCUUGUUGUCGAAAAUUCAUCGGCUUCAUCUCGUGUCAAGUGGAUUCUAUCAAGCCGGAACUGGCCCGAAAUUGAGCGUCGGCUAGCUGAUUCAAAAGGCCUCGAGAGAGUCAGUCUCAGCCUUGAAGUGAACGCCGACUUGGUAUCACGCGCUGUUGAUGCUUAUAUCGAGCAUGAGAUAUCACGACUCCACCUGAUAAAAUACAACCCAACGAUCAAAGAUCAGAUGCGGCAGCAAAUGCGGCAAAAAGCUAACGGAACCUUUCUCUGGGUCGCUCUCGUUGUCAAAGAUCUCCGGGACAGACAAGAUGCAGAGUAUGAGGAUCCUUUACAUAUUCUGAACAUUCUUAUGGAGAUGCCAGGAGAUCUUACGAGUCUUUACUCCAUCAUGGUGGAUCGCAUUGACAAGCUCAAGGGAGAUACUCCUAGCCUUUGUAAAAGAAUUCUUUCAAUUGCGGCUCUGGCAUCUCGGCCACUGAGCUUGGCAGAGUUAAGAAUCUUGGCUGGCUUUGACAACAAUCGUAUCAAUGAUCAAGCGAUGGAAAGAUUGGUCAACAAAUGCGGCUCAUUUUUAACGAUUCGCGGUUGCACGGUCUAUUUCGUCCAUCAGUCAGCAAAGGACCAUUUGAUCCUGGACAAGCCAACUCAGCCUAUCAUAUUCUCGUCUGGCCAUGGCAAAGUUCAUUAUACAAUCCUUUCCCACUCGCUACGAGCUAUGACUUCAAUCUUGAAAGAGAACAUUUAUACGCUUCCAUAUCCAGCGUCGUGCAUUGAUGAGAUUGAAACUCCAGAUCCAGAUCCCCUGGCUGCUAUUCGGUAUUCUUGUGCCUAUUGGAUUGAUCAUCUCUGCGACGGAAUAUCCGACAAUUGCACUCCUAUACAUCAGAACUGCCUUGAUGACGCUGGACCGGUCUUUGUGUUUCUUCGUACGCAUUUCCUCCAUUGGCUCGAGGCUCUGAGCCUUCUGCAGAAGAUAUCAGACAAUGUCAUCUCAGUAAAAAAGCUGCAGGUUUUAUUAAAGGCACAAAGUUCCAAAACACAAUUGGCUCGUUUUAUACAUGAUGGGUACCGAUUCAUUCUAUAUUUUAUCAGAGCAAUUGAGAUUGCACCCCUUCAAGUAUAUUCUUCUGCGCUUCUAUUCAGCCCGAUACAAAGCCCAGUUCGAAAGGCGUUCGAUAAGUCUUUCCCACCUUGGAUUCACAACAAGCCUAUUGUGGACGAAACAUGGAGUCCUUGUCUACAGAUCCUUGAAGGCCAUAGCCAUCAUGUUGAUGCUAUUGCCUUUUCAGGGGACAGCAAGCUGGCCACAGGAUCAUUUGGUGAAGCAAUCAAGAUCUGGGAUGUAGCUACAGGUGCGUGCCUCCGCACACUUUCUGAUGACAUUCCCGAAGUAUAUUCACUAUGCUUUUUCCAGAAUGAUAGGCUGGCCUCUGGAUCGCGUGAUGGCGCAAUUCAUUUCUGGGAUUUAGGUGCUGGCACAUGCAUUCAGACGCUUGAGGGUCAUGAAAAGUCGGUAACGUCUAUAUUUGCCUUGUCAGAUAACAAACUGGCCUCGGCAUCAGCCGACACGACAAUUAAAAUCUGGGACAUAGCCACAGGCGCAAUAUGUGUUCAAACACUCAGGGGCUAUACUGGAUCAAUGGGAUCUACAAUCAUCCUGGGAGAUGAUAAGCUUGCCUCGGAAUCAAACGACCGGACGAUUAAGAUCCGGCAUUUAUCCACUGGUAAUUGUGUCCAAACACUCAGGGGAUUUGGUAGCUCAGUGACAUCUAUAGCCGCCUUGGAAGAUAACAAGCUAGCCUUAGGAUUGCGGGAUGGGGCGAUCGAAAUCUGGGAUAUAGCGACAGGCGUAUGUGUUCAUACACUUGAAGGCCACGAAAGACGAGUGACAUGUUUAACUGCUUUUACAGAUGGCAAACUAGCCUCGGGAUCCUACGAACCGAUAAUCAAAAUCUGGGAUAUAACGACAGGGGUAUGUGUUCAAACACUUGAGGGCCAUAGUAACAACGUGACAACUAUAAUCGCUUUAACAGAUGGCAAACUGGCCUCGGGAUCACUAGACAAUACGGUCAGAAUCUGGGAUACAACUGCAAGUAUAAAUGUUCAGACGUUUGAAGGCCAUAACAAACUUGUAGAGUCAGUGGCCUUUUCAGGAGACAGGAGGUAUAUGGCUUCAGGAUCAGGUGAUAAAACAAUCAAGAUCUGGGAUACAGCUACUGGGAUGUGUGUUCAAACACUCAAAGGCCAUGGUAGAAUGGUGGGAUCAGUGUCUCUCUCAGAAGAUGGCAAGCUGCUCGCUUCAGGAUCAUAUGACGAAACGGUCAAGAUCUGGGAUACAGUUACUGGGAUGUGCGUCCAAACACUCAAAGGCCAUAAUGACUGGGUGAGAUCAGUGGCUCUCUCAAAAGAUGGGAACAAGGUGGCUUCAGGGUCGUUUGGUCGGACCGUCAAGUUCUGGAAUACAGCUACAGGCGAAUGCGUACAGACGCUGCCCGUCGGUAUAUUUACUCAGCUUUCCUUUGAUGAGGGAAAGGCGUCCCACCUCCAAACCAACUUUGGGAUUCUAAAUUUGGACGCAGGGCCAGUCGUCAAUAAGCCAAGAUCGUCUGUACUUUUCACAGGCUAUGGGAUAAAUGCAGCCGGCUCGUGGAUUACAAGAGAUGGUAAACCGUUACUUUGGCUCCCCUUGGACUACCGACCGACAGCUUCAGCUAUAAGGGGAUCGACGGUUGUUAUAGGCAGUUUCUCAGGCCGUGUCUGGAUGCUGCAGUUCUCAGAACAAGAUGGAUUCUCAGUAUAG